CCCUCAGUGUGCGCUCCGCGUGGCGGCGACAGGACCACUUCCAGCCUCCUCCCUCCGCACUGCGACCCUCCGCGGAGUCGGCAGCGCUCCUGUCGGACUCUACACCGGAGCAGAGCAGCGUCAUCGCUUCGCGACCGCAGACCUCUCGACCAAUGCCCGCGUGCUGCCUCCGCUGCUGCCCUCACGCCCGCCGGGGAGCGAGACAGGCUCAGCCGUGAUGGGACACUUGUCGGGAGGAUGCUACCUGAGUUUUGGGCUGCUGCUGCUGCUGCUGCUUGUGAGAGUCCCGGACUCGUCGGCGAGAGUGAAUGAUCGGCCGCGCUCCUCCAAUGCAUCACCGGGAGCUCGGGCUGAGAACCUGCAGCAUGGUCAGCCGGGGACCUUGCCACGCUUCCUGGAGGAGCCGGUGGACGCUUACAUCAUCAAGAGCAACCCCAUCAAGCUCCGCUGUCGGGCCCGACCCGCCCUGCAGAUCUUCUUCAAGUGCAAUGGCGAGUGGGUCCACCAGAGCCAGCACCUGUCUCAGGAGCACACUGACCUGACAACAGGGUUGAAGAUACGGGAGGUGAUGAUCAACGUGUCGCGGCAGCAGGUGGAGGACUUUCACGGUCCGGAGGACUACUGGUGUCUGUGCGUCGCCUGGAGCCAUCUGGGGACCUCCAAGAGCCGCAAGGCGUCUGUGCGGAUCGCCUACCUGAGGAAGAACUUCGAGCAGGACCCCCAGGGUGCCGAGGUCCCUCUGAACGGCAUGAUCGUGCUGCACUGUCGUCCUCCGGAGGGCGUCCCCGUGGCCGAGGUGGAGUGGCUGAAGAACGAAGAGCCGCUGAGCUCCGACGUGGUCACGGACUCCAGGGUGGAGCACAACCUCAUCAUCUCCAAGGCUCGGCUGUCCGACUCGGGGAACUACACCUGCGUGGCCAGCAACAUCGUGGCCAAGCGCCGCAGCCCCACCGCCACCGUCCUGGUCUUUGUGAACGGUGGCUGGUCCUCGUGGACAGACUGGUCGCCUUGCAACGUGCGCUGCGGCCGCGGCAUACAGAAGCGCUCGCGCACCUGCACGAACCCGGCUCCCCUCAACGGCGGCGCCUUCUGCGAGGGGAUGUUGAUGCAGAAGAGCACCUGUAACACCUUGUGUCCAGUGGACGGCGGCUGGGGCGAGUGGAGCGAGUGGUCCGAGUGCAGCUCGGACUGCGAGCAUCAGCGCAGCAGAGAGUGCACGUCUCCGGAGCCCAAGCACGGCGGGCGACUGUGCGACGGAGUGGCAGUGGCGGCAGACAACUGCACCGGCGGCCUCUGCACUCAGAAUCGCAAGUUGAUGCACGACGCCAAACCACAGGGUGUUGAGAGCAGCAGUGACGUGGCGCUGUAUUCGGGUCUCGCCGCUGGAGUCGUGACCGUGGUGCUGCUGAUUGUCGCCGUCACUCUUUACCGCAGGAGUCAGAGCGAGUACGGCGUUGAUGUCAUCGACUCAUCCGCUCUCACCGGAGGGUUCCAGUCCUUCAGCUUCAAGAGCUCCCGCCAAGCGAACCCGCUGCUCAUUAACUCAGCGCUGCAGCCGGACCUGACCGUGUCCCGGACCUACACCAGCCCCAUGUGUUAUCAGGACUCCAUCGACAAGGAGCUGAUGGCUGAGCGCUCGCUCAUCGAGCCGCUGCCCGACCACCAGGUCAAAGGCGUGUCAGAGAGGCCAGAGUACCACGUCAUGUCGCACCCGCAGACAUUUCCCCGGGGCCUGGCUCCGGACUACAGAGGCAUGACCAUGAGGACCACGCUGGGCAGGAGGGACAAGGACCUUUUCAAUCCUCAAGUGUCGCUGACUCCCAGCAGGCCGCAUCACAGAGCCACCGCUGUGUUUGGACAUGCCGGAGGACGACUGGUGGUCCCCAACACCGGUAUCAGUCUGCUGGUGCCUCACGGGGGGAUCGCUGAAGACACGACCUGGGAAAUGUACAUGAUCAUCAGCCAGGAGGACAGCAGUGCUGCGUCUGAGGACGGCGCCCAGAUCUUCCUGAGCCCUGCAGUCCUGUACGGUCCGCCAGGCCUGGACCUGUCCUGUCCUCUGGCUCUGACCAUUGCCCACUGCGCUGAGGUGGACGCCGGCCACUGGACCGUCCGACUCAAGAGGCAAACGCAGGACGACGAGUGGGAGGAAGUGAUGUCGGCGGACGAGGAGAGCACUUCCUGCUACUGUCUGAUGGAGAGCCGGCGCUGCCACGUGCUGCUGCAGAGUCCGGGUCGCUACGCUCUGGUGGGGGAACCGCUGAGUCAGCAGGCAGCCAAGCGACUGAGACUGGCUGUGUUCGGGAGCCCGGAUCCCAACGACCCACUGGGCUUCAUCCUCAGGGUGUACUGUGUGGACGACACGCCGCAAGCUUUCCAGGAGGUGGCAGUGGGCGAGCGCAGCAGGGGGGGGCGACUGCUGGAGGAGCCCAAAGUGAUGCUGUUCCGGGGCAACACCUUCAGCCUCCAGGUGUCCAUCCAGGACGUCCCACAGCUGCUGUGGAGCAUCAAGCCUUUCACCACCUGCCAGGAGUUCUCCUUCUCUCACGUGUGGGCCGGUAACCAGCGCCCCCUGCAGUGUGCCUUCUCCCUGGAGCGCUACAGCCUGUCCUCCUCCCAGCUCUCCUGUAAGAUCAGCGUCCGGCAGGUCAAAGGCGAAGAGCAGAUCCUUCAGGUGUACACGUCUGUGGUGGAGAAUGAGAAAGGAGUGGUUCCCUUUUUCACGCAGUCGGACUGCACGGUCACGUCACAGACAGGGUCCAGGGCCUUCAAGAUCCCGCUAUCCAUCCGUCAGAGAAUCAGCGCCACCUUCGACACGGCCAACGCCAGGGGCAAGGACUGGCAGCUGUUAGCGCAGAAGCUGCAUAUCGACAGGAAUCUGAGCUACUUCUCCUGUCAGGAGAGUCCGUCCUCUGUGAUCCUCGGUCUGUGGGAAGCUCAGCACCAGGACUCAGGGGACCUGGACUCGCUGGCCAGUGCUCUGGAAGAGAUCAGCGAGAUCCAGUCCUCGGGCAGCCCCCCAGUGGACUACAGCCAGGACGAGCAGGACUCUGACUUCCCUGAGCUCGGAUAACCCGACUCUUGAUGGUGAGCCUUUAGCAAGGUCCCCUGCAUGAGCAGCAGUGGCGGCGGCGGCGAGGCGUACCAGCUGACCCACGGGACUGCGGCGGACUCAUGGUGGACUGAACCAGCAAACCUAGAUAGAGACCACACAGUGGUUCAGUGAGAUCUUAGAAGGUCUGCAGAGACUGAUGUCACGCUCGACGCCGCUCAAGGAGCCUUGUCCGGGACUUUGUGCGGUCGUGAAUAUGGUGUUUCCCUGGAUCCCUCAUUUAUUGUGACGCCAUAAUCUGUCGUUUGUUUCGGUUCUUUUCCCGCACUGUGUCUUUAUUGUUGCUGCUGAGUGGAAGAGUUGUACGGGGAUGUCGAUAUCUUGAUCUGCAUGCGGAAGACGACUCGUCUGCCCGCGCUUCUCUGGUGCGCCGCUGGUUCGCCUGGCAUCCGUCACAUGAGCUCGGAAAACAACGUACAUCCUCGCAACAGAAGAAACAUCUCAAGGACUUGUUGAAACGGUCGCCCACCGCUGCCACUCGACACCCUGAUCACCAGAAGGUACCCACCGGGUGGCGCUCUUCGUGGCUGUGAUUGAGGAGAAGAGGUGUCUUGGUUCAUCCUCGAUCAGAGCUGAGAAAGGUUGGUCAGGAUGUUAUCCUGGUAGUCCUCUCCAUCGCCUCCAUCCAGCCCCCCUUCCUUCCUUCCUUCCCUCCUUCCUCAGCAAACACAUUUUGGGGGCAUGAAGCUUCAGACGUCUUGUUCGGGUGAACCCCAUGUCCAACAGUCUGCAGCCAACCAUCGCAGAUCCUUGAAGGUUCUCAAGCUUUCCAUGAAUUCUGAAGCGCCCACAGGAGUGCGGUGGUCUACAUGGCUCACUGGAGCUGACUCAACUUCCGAGUCGCUUGUUGAGGUGAGGCGUGUUUCAGGUCAAGCCGGAGACAAACCCAACAGAAGCGGUGUUCUGGUACCCUCAGAGGGUACCAGAGUCUGCUAAUGUUAGAGAAGUUGUCCUGAUGGUUCCGGGCUAGAACUGGGUGCUGGUGGAAGUGAAGGCGAAGUCAAGACCCCAAAAGAAGAUGCACCCAGAGUUUCGGUUCCCUGGCCUUCUCUGACCAAACAUCUGGCUGGUUCACCGCGACUCUCACGAUGCUUCUCUCUGCAGCUCCGGGGUCGGCGUGUCGUCCCUUUAUAAAGAUGCGUUCGCAAAGUACCGUCACCGAUGACGUCGCAAAAGUUACUGUGAGAUUCACAGCGGCCCGUGGUCACGUGACACACUCCGACAGGUGUGAGGUCUCCGUCAGUUUCCUGACUCUAUGACCAUCAGAAGGUUCAGGUCUCGGUGGAGUCAGCGGGGACUCGAGCGGGUCCGUUCGUCCUCACUAAACCUUCCGGGCGGGAAGGUCCCCGGUUCAAAAUCGCGACUGAGAUUCAACUCAAUAAAGUGCUUUCUGUUCGA